CCCGACAGCUUCAGUCUUCGCGUUGCUGCCCUCCAGCAUUCACGCCUCCCGCGUUCGUUCCAUCGUGCUUGCGCCUUCUCUUUACGCACACGCGGCGGUAACACACAGUUCCCCGGGACUUUAGCACACCGACACCUUCGCGGGAGGGUGUGGGGGUGAGACCCGAGAGGAGGUGUCAAUCCUAGCGCUGCUCAGUGACCAUCGCGGCGCCACCCAAGUAACACCUUCACCUUUCACGAUCCCGCGAAAAACGUUGAAUACCCGCGAGUAACUGUUAAACGCCGGCCGUCGGAUCGCGACAAUUUUUUAUCAUUUUGUGACUAUAUAUGGAAUAAUCUCAGUGUCUGUAGUGUUUUUUCAAAAAUAACUGAAAUCAGUGUUGUUGUGUAGAGUCUUUUAUAGGACUCAGUGAUUUCGUGUGUGCCUCUAAUGCGGAUGAUGGGAUGAUCUAAAGAAAAAAAGAAUGCGAGUGAAUAAUGACAAAAGAUGUGGAUCAGUGUUGAUGGCUAAAUAUUGUUUGGAGAGAAUGUGACUCCGUCGGAGGUUGGUGCUUGGUUUCACCAACUUUGAAUUUUUUAAAAACUAAAGUGAAUUUUUUUUUUGUGUGGGUGAUAGUGUGCUUUCUUUGAGUCACUCGUAGAGGAAUCUCGCGCGACUCAGACCAUAUCGACCAUCUCGAUGAGAUUCGAACUAGACACGGCGUGCAGGGGUACCCACUGCGCCAGCACUCCGCUACCUGCACUGCAUCAUCAACACCAUCGUCUUGGGUCUCAUUUGGAGGAGACGAAAGGAAUUGAGACAUUUAGAAUUCAAAGAGAAACAACUGUUGAGACUAACGUGGUUGAGGGUGCCAAGACGGUGCUCAGGGGGGAGGCGGGGGGGCCUGGAAUGGCGUACCCCGCACCAGCGACAGCUUUAAAUCGGCACUCGCCCUUUUCCUCCUCCUCAGCUACCUCGAUAGCUAAUACCGUUCAAGGUAAUCCAAACGGACAUCUCACUGUGACUAGUGGUCAUUUACCAGCACCGGCGGCACCAAGACCAACAGACUUUAGUGUUUCGACUUUAUUGACAGCGGCAAAUACACAUCCACCAUUGCUUGGUGGCUCAUCAUCGCAAGGAAGUAUCUCGCCACCACCUGGUGGUCCUGGGAGUCCAGCAGCGGCACCCGAAACACCACCACCUUUAUCAUUGCAACGUGAAAUUUCACAUAAUUCAUCAGCGGUUGCUGCCGCUAGUUAUUUUGGUGCAUUAGCAGCCGCCGGCUUUUAUAAUCAUACUGCACAUCUACCACCAGUGAGUUCGCCAAGUGCUCAUCAUCUACAGAGUAAAGCAAUCCUCGCAGGAUCUCAUCAUCAUCCACAAUUUAAUCCACAAGCACUUGCACAUCCAGGUCUUGGAUUGGGACCACAAAGUUCUGAAGAAGCACACGCGGCAGUAUUAGCCGCUGCUGCUGCCGCUUUACAUCAUCAUCAUCAAGGAGCAUCCGGAGGUCCAACGAUGAGGCCAUUGAGGCAUCCACUGCCUCCUGGCAUGUUACAUUCGGCACCUCAUCCACUUGCCCCACAUCAUCCAUUGGCUGGACCUCAUCAUCCUCUUAUUCCACCUCAUCCUGAGGAGGAUGGUGUUGUCGAUGACCCAAAGGUCACUCUCGAAGGAAAAGAAUUGUGGGAAAAAUUCCAUAAACUUGGAACCGAAAUGGUCAUCACGAAAAGUGGCCGACGCAUGUUUCCUCCGUUUAAAGUGAGGGUGUCCGGAUUAGACGCGAAGACUAAAUACAUACUUCUAAUGGACAUCGUGGCAUCUGACGAGUACCGAUAUAAAUUUCACAACAGUAGAUGGAUGGUUGCUGGCAAAGCGGAUCCGGAAAUGCCGAAGAGAAUGUAUAUUCAUCCGGAUUCACCGAGCAGCGGUGAACAGUGGAUGCAGAAGGUCGUGAGUUUUCACAAACUUAAACUCACAAACAACAUCAGUGAUAAGCACGGCUUUGUAAGUACUACGAUAUUGAAUUCCAUGCACAAAUACCAGCCGAGGUUUCAUCUCGUCCGGGCCAACGACAUCCUCAAGCUCCCAUACUCCACGUUCAGGAGUUAUGUUUUCAAGGAAACGGAAUUCAUCGCUGUGACUGCCUACCAAAAUGAAAAGAUCACACAAUUGAAGAUUGACAACAACCCCUUUGCAAAAGGAUUCCGAGACACGGGAGCGGGGAAACGAGAGAAAAAAAGACAGGCGCUGUUGACGGUGUCAGGUGGAGGUUCUCGUUUGAGUUCUGGUGCUCCAGCAUCGCCGGAGAAGCGACGCUCAUCAAAUUCGGGAAAUGAUCUUAUGGACGAUGACGAUAAACUUCUUGAUGUUGUGGGACCGGAUACGCCUCAUCCAGCUCAUCAUCAUCGUGAAAGAGAACAUUCACGUGAAAGGGACGAUCGUACGAGUGAACGAGAAGGUUCGGAAUCAUCAGGAUCAGAAAGUGGCGGUACAAUGGGUCAAGCGGCAGCGUCGGAAGGUCCAAGGCCCGAUGUAUCAGUGGGACCACCACUUCAUCCACCUCUAUUGCCAUACCUCUAUCCACCUGUUCCGGGACUCUAUCCAAGUCCAGGUCAUUUAAUACCACCAAAUCCCUUAGGACUUCAUGGCGGUGUCACACCUGGUAUGAUUUUCAAUGCACAAUUAGCAUUGGCAGCGUCUCAACAUCCGGCACUUUUUGCUCAUUAUCCACAUCCACUGGCGAGUCCUUUACAUCAAUUGAAGGGCCAUCGUUUUGCACCCUAUACACUUCCAGCGUCGUCUCACGGUUCUGCGUUCGAAACCGUUACACCAGGAAGUCGUACACUCAGUCCAAGGUCACCACCUCCAAGGCCACCAACAAGAUCACCAACGCCAGGCAGUGGAAGUCUCGUCUCGGCGACCGGCGAACUGAAAUCAAUCGAAAAUAUGGUCAACGGUUUGCAGGAAAAAAGAAGAAGUCCCAGUCUCACGCCAGGACACAGGGGCGACACAGACGCUGGAGGAGGGAGUCCGUGACAGGAGAACGAUCAUGUAACCAGUACAAACUCAGAAUUCCUCGACGAUGAGGAACGAAAUCAAUCGAAUUCGGAGGAUUCGCUCGAUGAGGAGAGAGAGCCUGACUCAACGUCCGAACCAUCGUAGCCCCAACUUUAAUAAAGUCUCUCGAAAAAAAUGGGUUUGUCCAUUAAAAAAAGUUGGACUCUCUACUUGGUGCAACAUCCGGUAUAACCGGAGUGAAAAUAUAAAAUUUAAAUAUACAAAAGUGCAAUUUAAGGACAGUCCUCGAAUGGACAAAAAAAGAUGCCCAUCAAAUUCCGUGUGAGUGUAUAUAAUAUAUAAGAUUCUUUUUUUUCCACCUGGGUUUUUUCCGAUUUUAUCAGUGGACUUCCACCACAGAAGAACACUCCUAGGUGCCCUCCUCCCAUCUCCCCCGCCCCCACUUUGUAAAUUUACUCGAAAAAAAAGAGUCGAAUACCUGCGAAUACUUAGAAUUUAAGAAAAAAUCUAUUAUUAUAAUGAUAUUGCAAUAUAUAAGUGCACCUCCACUAUUUGCAGUCCUUGUACAUAUGUACCCUACUUGCAUAUAUAUUAUAUAUGAAAUAUAAAUACGACUAUCCUCUGUAUUAAUUAUUAAAUAUAUUAUUAUAUGGAUUAUUAGAGUCGUAAACAAUCAAUUCGGGACGCGCUCGCGAGUCGAAAAAAAAAAUUUAUAUAUAUUUAAAAAUAAUCGGUCCAACCGUCGGGGACGUCACACACGAAUAGGUACAAUUCAUUAUUUGGCAUCCCUUUGUUUUUGCACACACACACACACAAACACAACUAUAACUUGUUACACUAAUCCGAAAUUAGACUUUUAGUCCUUAAAAAUUCAUUUUUUAAACUUAGAUUUUUAAUAAACUUGAUGAAAACUUUUUUUUUCAUUUUUGGACCAAAAAAUAGAAUUCUAUUUAAAAUUAUACAAUUUUGCCGUCAUAAAUGAGAAUUUUUUUUUUUUAAUAAUAAUCCUUUGCCGGUAUUAAAAAAUCCAGUUUUUAAAUCAUUUCUCCAUUGAUUCGAAAUUUGAAAAUUUUUACUUUUUGAAAAAUUAAAUUGUCCGGAUGCGACGGCAAAGGAAUUAUAAAAAAAAAAUUCUCAAAAAUUCUAUCAUUUUAAUUACAAAGAAAAUUUUAGUUUUUUUCAAGUUUUAAUUCUCGUUUUUUGCUCAUCAGCAAACAAAACUCGGAGUCAAGAAAGAAAAAUUACGAUUUUAUUUCUAUAUUUAUUAUUAUUGUAUAGAUAACGACGAGAUUUUAAAUCUUACAAAAAAAAAUGCAUUAUUGUUAUUUCUGAAAAGUUGUUUUUUUUCUUCUCCAAAUGUAAGAAUUGUACAUUCCCGGAUUUCAGUGAAAAAAAAGUGUAGAAUACAUUUUUCAAAAUGUGAAAAAUUAAACACAAGUUUUUGAGUAAAUAUAUACAUGUAUGUAUAUGUUUGUCAUUUUUAAAUCAAAAAAACUUAAAUCUCGCAAAAAGGAUCGAGUUUCAUGUCUCGUACAUCAGUGUCGUCAUGUGAUAAAAAAAAGAAAGGCGAAAAGGAAGAUUCUCGAAGGCGCGUGCUUUCCACGAAACCUUUCCUUUUUCAUGAUUUUUUUUUUUUUUUUAACAAAUUGUAGUAAUUUUCCAAUUUUGAAAAUUCACGUUCUUUCAACGCGAAUACCAAAUUCUUGAUAAUUUUAAAUUGAACAUUUUUUGAAGUAAAUAUUGAUUUUUUUUUGGGGAAAAAUUGUCUUUAAUUUUAAAAUCAAUUCUUUGAAUUGAAAAAAAUUGUUUUCGUGUGGAAAAAAAAUUAUUUAUACCAAAGACCGUUUCUGUUUAAAAAACAAAAAGUUUUUAAUUGAAAUAUAUUUACGUUUAAAAAAUGUUUUUCACUUACAUUUUUGUAUUAAAAUUUUUUUAUUAAUGUAAAAAAUUCCAUAGGAAUAAGAAAAUUUGGUAUCGCAAUGGAAGUUUCGUAUAUUCACUCUGUAAAUUGUAUAAAAAGUAGAGGUUUCUAUAUAAAUUAUUGCAAAUCAUGUAAUAGCGGUUACAUAUAUGCAAUCAACUCACGUGAGUCUUAUAGAGAACACACAUCAAACAAUCGGGGAUUGUACUCACAAAGAUAAAAAAAAAAAAAAAGAAAUGUAAUAAACUGUGCUUAAAAGCAGGAUCAGAGUAAGUUAAAUUUCAGAUACAAAAAAAAGCUAUCAUUUGUAUGCGCCGAGGGGGUUUACUUACAUGUAGAUAUAAAUAAAUAUAUUAUGAUUUUCUUUUAGAAAAAUAGUGGUCUCAAAAGAAUAAUAAAAAAAAACACAACGGCGAAUACAGAAAGCUAGUAGUAUCUAGGAUAGUCUAGCUGCACCUCUGAAUAAUUCCUCGAUAUUGUUAUUUAUUUCAAUACAAAAAAAAAGAACUUCAAACCAUUAUUUUAAGCAUGGUUUCUUUUUGAAAAACUCAUUCAUUCGUAUACGAAAAUUAUUUUUAUUUAAAACUUACUAAAGUUUAUUUGUAAAUUAUAUCAAAGUUUUUUAAUUUAAAAAAUUUAAUUUAAUUAGGAAGAAAAAGAAGUUUAAUUAAUAAAAUUUUAAUUUGUUUGUAAAACAUUUCUUGUAUGUCAUGGUUUGAAAAACUCUUUGCUCCAAAUCUUUCUUUCUUUGUUUUUUGUUCAAUCGGAUGUUUCCAGAAAGAUUUGAAGCGAACGUAUAUAAUAUAAGAGAGAGAAAAAAAAUAAAAAAUGUCACGUCGCAUGUCACGAAAAGAAAAAUCAUCAUCAUUGGAAAUAAAAUAAUCAAGGCUCGUGGCUUACAAUUUCCUUGCUGCAAAAUUGAUUUGUAAAUAUAAACUCGACAUGAAAAUACAGAUUGUAUAUGUAAAAAAAAUUUCAUUUUUCAAAUUCAAUGACACGUGACAAUGAUAUUUAUAAAAACGAAAUCUGGUUAGACCAAAUUUCGUUUUUAGGUGCAGCUUCUUUUUUUCACGUUUUCGUGUUUCCAAGGGUAAACCAGAAAAAUACAUAAUUUUAAUCUUUCUUCAUCAAAAUUUUUGGCUGUUUAGUAAAUGUUGCGUGUAAAUUAAAUGUUAUGUAAGUGUUAAGUUCGUGUGUGAUUUUCCGAACAUGAAAAAUAAAAAUAAACAAAAACCCUUAGAAACUGAAAGCGUGAUUCUGAAUAAAAAAAAAAAAAAAAAACUCUAUGACUGUCUUUUUAGUGCGAAAAAUUAAUAUUAAAAAAAAAAAAUAAACUGUUUAUACAAUGUGACAAAAAAAGUGAAAGGACGUUAAAAACACGAUCAGCACAAUGAAAAUAACUAGAAUAUUUGAAAUUGAAAACAAAAAGAAAAAAAAAAUUUUGGGCCCAAGCUCAGGGCUGUUUUACUUUUGAGUGAUCGGUCUUAUAUAAAUAGAACUGGGUCGAGUUCGUCCUCUGUUUUUUAAGAAUUUUGCUCAACUUGUUAAUUUCUUCCAAGAAUAUUAAGCGCGGCCCUGUGCUCGAUUAAAAAAAAAAAAGGGCCCUUCGAAACAGCAAUAAGUCCUAUGAGACCGCAUCACUCCCUGAGAAUCAUAUUCCUAAUCGCUUGUAUGUAUAUUGUACACUCUGGCCCCCAAGCCCUCCAAAAAUCCACAUGAUUAAAAAUUAUAUAUUAAUUUAAAAAUAAAA